GGGGGGGGGAGAGGGAGAGAGAGAGAGAGAGGGGGAGAGUGAGAGGGAGAGAGUGAGGAUAGGCAGGGAAUGCACCAUACCCACUCUUUCAUCUUCGUCCUGCCUCCAGGACCGUGGACACUGAUGCUUAGGUAUCUUGCCCUUUUCUUACUUAUUUUUAUCUGUGACGCAAUAAUUGUAUGUUUUCCUGUUUAUUUCAUUGAAAUGAUACAAAUGAUGAGACACUAAACCCCGGCAUGUGAACCGUCAUGAGGGGAAACACUGCACAAGACUGCUUUAGUAGAGAGUGAGGGAAGAGUGUUUGCAUUCCAUGUUCUGUUUAUCUCUGCAGCCUGACCGAGACUCACUUUUAGCCCUUUUGUCAUCAUCCGUCAUCAUCCUUUCAUCGUCCUCAUCAUGUUGAGGAAGACUUCAGAGCGGAUAAUGUCUGACAGGGAGGUGCUGUUAGAUCUGGACUACGCGGGCGAACUACAACCCAUGGACUGUUACGGGAGCCUGCACAACGGGGGAUUCAUCCCUCAGCGAUAUCUCUCUACUGCGGCCACAGGUGACAGACUGGAGGAGGACGAUAAUGAUGACCCCAUCUACAUCCACUGUGACGCCAGAACCAGCCAACCAGCACCCCCCGUUGGGAACUACUUCAGAGACGGAAGAACCAAAAUAGAUUUUGUGUUGGUGUGGGAGCUGCGUUCCCGGAAAAAGCGUCGCUCCAAAGGGAGGGGGGCGGGGGCAGGCGGGGACGAGGUGGGCGCUGAGGAGGAGAGCAGGUCCGAGAAGCACCAUGCCCAGCUAGCUCGCUGGAGGGACAAAUUCACCCAGAAUCUAUGGACUGCCGGCUUACUGGUGGAGAAGGAGGUGACAUCAAGUGAAAAGAAGACCAUCCAUUAUCUGAAACUCAACGCUCCCUGGGAGGUUCUGCUGUACUAUGCGGAGGAGCUUUGCCUUAGAGCGCCACUACAGGCCCAGCCGAACCCUGACUUCAACUCAUCUGCUCGGGUUCUGAGGAAACUGUGCAUUCCGAACAUCAUGGAGCAGUCGGUUCCCAACAGACCCCUUGACUACUACACGUGUGCCUUCCGAAAGUCCAAGAUGGAGAAGUUUUUAGGCUGUGAAAAACGUGACACCUAUUUCACAAACACACAGAGACACCGUAUUGUGUAUGAGAUUCUGUCGAGGACCUUGUAUGGCAAGAGGAAGCGUGCGGAGGUGGGCGUGGCCCGACUGCUCAACGAGGGGGCAUUCACCGCGGCCUUUCCCCUGCACGAGGGUCCCUUCGAGCUCCCAGACUACGAGGUGCGUCCAGACGAGCUGAACCAGAGGCAGGUUCUGUUCCACUACUGGGCCCGUUGGUCCAGGUGGUACAAGUACCAGCCCCUGGACCACAUCAGAGAGUACUUCGGAGAGAAGAUAGCUUUGUACUUUGCUUGGCUGGGCUUCUACACCGCCUGGCUGCUGCCCGCCGCUGUGGUGGGCACCUUCGUCUUCGUGUCUGGGGUCAUGUCCAUGGGGAGCAACACCCCUGCCAAGGAGAUCUGCUCCAGUGGCUCCAGCUUCCUGAUGUGUCCUCUCUGUGAGAAGUGCCAGGCUUGGAACAUGUCCGACAUCUGCCCCAUGGCCAAGAUGGGCUACCUGUUCGAUCACCCUGGUACAGUGUUCUUCAGCGUCUUCAUGUCCUUCUGGGCCGUCACCUUCCUGGAGUACUGGAAACGCAAGAUGGCCACCCUGGCUCACCACUGGGACUGUAUGGAUUUCCACGAGGAGGAGGAGCGUCCGAGGCCAGAGUUUGCAGCCAUGGCCCCUGCCAUGGAGCACAACCCAGUGACGGGCGUGAAGGAGCCCUACUUCCCUGAGAAGGCCCGCCUCUCCCGCAUGCUCACUGGCUCCAUGGUCAUCGUCGUCAUGCUGUGCGUGGUGAUGAUCUUCCUGGUAACAGUCAUCAUGUACCGCGGCAUCAUCAGCGUCAAGAUGUACGACACGGGCAGCGCUGUCUUGCGCACUCAGGCAGGCAACAUUGCCAACAUCUCGGGCAGCAUGGUGAAUCUGGCCCUGAUCCUGCUGAUGGGGCAGGUAUAUACAGCAUUAGCAGAGCAGCUCACCAAAUGGGAGAUGCACAGAACCCAGACCCAGUAUGAAGACGCCUUCACGUUCAAGGUGUUUGUGUUCCAGUUUGUCAACUUCUACUCCUCUCCCUUCUAUGUGGCCUUCUUCAAGGGAAGGUUUGUGGGGUUCCCGGGUCAUUAUGGAACUCUGUUCGGGAUGAGGAAUGAGGAUUGUGGCCCCGGCGGUUGUCUCAUUGAGCUUGCUGAACAGCUCUUCAUCAUCAUGGUGGGGAAACAGCUCAUCAGCAAUGUUCAGGAGUUUGUCAUCCCGAAGGUGAAGGCGUGGAGACAGAAGCGGGCCCUGGACAAGGUGAGGGGCCCGCGGCUCUCCCAGGAGUCUCGGCGUUGGGAGGAGGACUACCAGCUGGUGGAGUGUGAGGGGCUGUUUGAGGAGUACCUGGAGAUUGUGCUCCAGUUUGGCUUCAUCACCAUCUUCGUGGCAGCGUUCCCUCUGGCUCCGCUCUUCGCCCUCCUCAACAACUGGGCUGAGGUUCGCCUGGACGCUCACAAGUUUGUGUGUGAGUACCGCAGGCCGGUGGCGGAGCGCGCCCAGAACAUAGGAGUGUGGUUCAACAUCCUGGAAGCCCUGUCGCACCUGUCGGUCAUCGUCAAUGCUUUCUUGAUUGCCUUCACGUCCGAUUUCCUACCUCGACUGCUGUACCAGUACAGGUUUGACAACAAUCUGACUGGAUACGUUAACUUCACCCUGGCCUACGCACCACCAAGCUACACAAACCACUCCAUGUGCAGGUACAAAGCUUUCAGGGACAAUAAUGGAAGCUACACCCUGGUUUACUGGGAACUACUGGCAGUGAGGCUGGGCUUCAUAAUCGCUUUUGAGCAUGUGGUGUUCUUCGUCCUGCGAGCGAUAGACUGGAUGGUCCCUGACGUUCCCGAGUCUCUGGAGCUGCAGAUCAAGAGGGAGCGCUACCUGGCCAAGCAGGCGCUGGCCGACAACCAGCUGCUGCAAGCGACGCGUCCUUUGGCAACAUGAGUUAGUGCUGCAGUGCGGAAGCUGGGGAGAAGUUGGGACAGCACAGUGAGAAGAAGAAGAAGAAGAAAGGGAGGGGGGUUUUGUGUGUGUGUGUGUGUGUGUGUUGGGA